UAGCUCCCUCUUAUCUCUAUCAAACUAGUUAGAAGAACAAAGCUAUCUAGCUCUCCAUUUGGAUAUCAUAAAAUUGAAAAAUUAACGUAAAAUGAGGAAGCCAGAGGCAAUGGGGAAACCAGAGAAAGUGAGCAAGAGCAAAGUGAGGAAAGGGUUAUGGUCGCCAGAGGAAGAUGAGAAGCUAAUGAAGUACAUGAUGAGAAAUGGACAAGGUUGUUGGAGUGAUAUUGCUCGGAAUGCCGGUCUCCAGAGGUGUGGGAAGAGCUGCCGCCUUCGUUGGAUUAAUUACUUGAGGCCUGAUCUCAAGCGCGGUGCUUUUUCACCUCAGGAGGAAGAUCUCAUCAUCCAUUUGCAUUCCAUCCUUGGCAACAGGUGGUCUCAAAUUGCAGCACGUCUUCCAGGAAGGACAGACAAUGAAAUCAAGAAUUUUUGGAAUUCAACAAUAAAAAAGAGGUUGAAAAACAACAAUUUCACCUCCACUUCCACAUCCUCACCAAACAACAGCAAUUCAUCAGAAGAGCCUAGCAGACAUGUAAUAGGAGGCACCACCAUGUCCAUGCAAGAACAAGGCAACAUCAUGAAUAUGUGCAUGGACACAUUUUCCUCUUCAUGGUCUAUGCAUGGAAUGCCCACACCCAACUCCUUCAACCCUUUCCCUCUGCCUCUCGACAACGCCUACGAUGCUAGAGUCACUGCUGGAUUAUUCAGCAUACCGACAUGGUUGGGACAUGUAGGUAUGGGAGAUGGAUGUUGUGAGGAUUAUGGGAUUGGAGAAGAAAGAUUGAGUGUGAUGGCGGAGUUAGAAGGUGACCUUUCAAUUCCUUCAUUAGAAAGUAGGGGUAUUGUUGAGAAUAAUGGUGGUGGUGCUGACUAUAAUUUGGAUAAGAAAAUCAGUAACAACAACCACUUGAAUAAUAAUAAUAAUAAUAGUGAUGAGGCCAUCAUCAAAGCGGAGGACGUGUUUGGGUUUGGAAAUCAUUGGCAAGGGGAAAACUUAAAAAUGGGAGAAUGGGAUUUGGAUGGUUUGUUGGAAAACGUCUCAUCCUUUCCUUAUCUUGAUUUCCAAGUUGAAUAACUGGCUACUACCUAGCCCUCUCUCUCUCUCUCUCUCCCUCUCCCUCUCUCAUUGAGCCUUCCAAAUCCAUCUCUUUUGGAAAUUUUGAAGAAUAAGUUCUUACAAGUCACGUAAGACUACAUGCAUGUUUCUCCAGAUCUCGCUUUAGCAAGAGUCUCUUAUAUUGAAUUGUUAUUCUCAUCAAACAACGUCAAUUGUUUGACGUGAAUUUUUCUAAAAGAUAUUUUUUGAAUAUUUUUCAAGUCGAAUUAUUUUAACAAAAAGUACAAUAAUUUUUUUUACAAAAAUAGAUAUAUGGGUAGAAGAGGUGAGGGGAGGGUUUAAUUUUUUAUUUUUUAUUUUUAAAUUUUGGGCAGGAAACUAGGGUUAGUGCAACAGCAAUCCUUUUCAUGUGAAUAGUGGAGAAUUGUAAUACGAAAACUGAGAAGAAAUAAGGGGGCAGUUGGUGAAUUGUAUUAAUUUGUAUGUACACAUCAAUAAGAUUAAUGUGAAAGGGGAAGUUGUUACUA